UAUUAGUAAAAGGAGGGUGAUUCGUUGCCUUUAUAUAUAAAGUGUGGAUGAGAAUUAGGAGCUCUGCAGGUAUAAAGGUGGAUGCUGAGCAGCUGGCAGGGCUGCUGUGGAUGAAGCGGCGGCUCGGAGGAGGAGCAGAGCUAAGCUAACGAUGGACAGAGGAUUAUCGCUUCAGCUCACAUUCCCUGUAAACAUAAAGGAAUUAAUAAUGAAAAGGCAUGGGAUUUAAAAGGGACGCCCCAGUUUCUGACUCUCAUUUAGUGACCACGCACAGGGAGAUCCUCGCGUGUUUCCUCCGUGGAAAGACGGCGCUCCUAACGGCCGGUGGGAUGCGGUGAUGCUGCGGGUCGGUGCCCUGAUCGGGACGGAGCUCCCUCCGUGCUUUAGAGGCCAUGAACAGCCGUGACUAUCAGCAGAUCGACCCGCAGGCACUGCCGACCCCCGCCCACAGCCCGCUGCCCCACCCCGCUGACCGGAGGCAGGAACCGAGGACACCCAGGAGGAAGUGGGAAGUUUUCCCCGGGAAGAACCGCUUCUUCUGCGAUGGAAGGAUCAUGAUGGCCAGUGGGUGUGGGGUCUUCCCACUCACCGUGGGCCUUAUCCUCGUCACCAGUACUUUAUUUUUUAUUUUCGACUGCCCGUUCCUGGUCAAACAUCUGACGCGCUGUAUACCUGCUAUUGGAGGGGUCCUUUUUGUGUUUGUGCUCAUCACACUGUUCCAGACCAGCUUCACCGACCCUGGCAUCCUGCCUCGAGCGACGCCAGACGAGGCUGCAGACGUCGAGAGGCAGAUCGAUGACACUGGGAACACCAGCUAUCGGCCUCCACCGCGCACCAAGGAGGUCCUCAUCAACCAGCAGGUGAUCAAGCUCAAGUACUGCUUUACUUGCAAGAUGUUCCGGCCUCCUCGCACAUCCCACUGCAGCCUGUGUGACAACUGUGUGGAGCGGUUUGACCAUCAUUGCCCCUGGGUGGGGAACUGUGUCGGGAAACGCAACUACCGUUUUUUCUACACUUUCAUUGUUUCGCUGUCCUUCCUGACUGCAUUCAUCUUUGGCUGUGUUACCACACAUCUGGCUUUAAGGGCCCAGGGAGGUAAAGGCCUGGUGUUUGCCCUUCAGGAGAGUCCUGGCAGAUAUCCUUGUGCAGUAGAGCUGGCUAUAUGUUUCUUCUCAGUCUGGUCCAUCUUGGGCCUCUCGGGCUUCCAUACAUACCUUGUCGCUUCCAAUCUGACCACCAAUGAAGAUAUCAAAGGCUCCUGGUCAGGGAAGAGUGGAGACGGUGUAACCAACCCCUACAGUCAGAAAAACAUCUUUAUCAACUGUUGUUCGGUUCUCUGUGCACCUAUGCCACCCAGCUUGAUCGACAGACGAGGCUUUCUGCCUGCCAAUGAGGCGGCCCAGACUAGUGACGCGGACAUCGAGCCGCCCCGUCUAAAUCAUAAAAACGAGAUGAACGGGUGCACACAGGGAACUAAAGGUCUGCUGGAGUCAGCGGCGCUCUCUCCCCUGCUGACCACCUCGUGUCCUCAGCUAAAACCUCAGACAGCGCUGCCCUUUCCAGACGACAGCCUUGCACAGAAAACUGACCCCUCACUGGAGCUUUCCCAGAGGACCCACCAUAACUCCAGGACAUAUGGAAGUACUUCUCCUCCGCUUCCCAGCAAACCUCGCUCUCAUAAACACAAACGAGCCGCUUCACAUACACCCAGGUCCACCUUCGACCCGCAUGUUUCCUCCUCCGUCCCUGUCAGCAGCCAUGGCACCAAAGCCAGGGGCCACAGAGGAACAAAAUUUGCGACACUGCAGUGACUGACUCUGGUGAAGGUUUCUGAAAGGAUAGCCUGCAUCGUGUAACAUGAUGAGAUCCAGGAGAUAAAACAGUUUUCCUUAUUGCUGUUUGUUCAAUGAAAGUCACAGGAAUACGGGUUAGAUUGUGAUCCAUGCAAUAGAGAUUAUUGUGGAUACAGUAACAUAUCAUGGGCAUAGAAAGCACAUUAUAAACCUCUUUAGGAUUUAAUGAAGAUUAAGCCCUGUCAGGGAUUUCAUUGAGUCUUAUAUAACAUAACUAACAUGUUAAAAUUUUAAUUUUUCACAACAGUAUUUCUAUGUGGCUAUCAUCAAUGAAUUAAAUUUUAUUCAAUUACUGUUGGAAGCUAAGAAGAUGUUUUGUGGAAAUAAAAGAAAAA